CUGGCCCAGAAAGGAAAACAGAGCCUGCGAGUGUCCUUGGAGGGGCUGCAUGGAAGGAUGGGUAAUGGUCCUUCUAAAGGGAUUCAAAGGCGCCUGUCGGGGGCCCAGCCUGGGGACACACAGGAGAAGCCAGGCAUCCAAGCACACUCCCCUACAGGCUCCUCCCUGCCUGUUCUUUCUACUGGGCCCACCCCACGCUCGACUGGCUCCCUACCAGUUAUUGUCAGAGAACAGCGAGACACAAAGGACUUUCUCAGAUCCAUGAUCACAAGGAUAUGUUACUUGUGAAAGCUACAGCAAAAAGGAAAGGAAUUAAAGCCACAGAUGUAAAGGGACUCUUACCCCUGAUGAUACUAAUGGUGAUAAUUUUCCUGAUGAUUGUGUUCUGGGAAAACGAGCUGUAUGAAGAAACAGUGAUGUCAACCAUAGAACACUUGCACGUGGACUACCCUCAGAGUAAUAUUGCUGUAAGGUACUGCAACCACAUGAUCUUAGAAAGAAUCAUCAAGGAACCUGACAACACCUGCAAAAAAGAGCAUGUCUUCAUCCACGAGAGGCCUCGACAGAUCAAUCGUGUUUGCACUUCUCCCAAGAGGAUGGCUUGCCAAAACCAUUCCAGCAUUUCAUGCUUCCAGAGUGAGACAAAGUUCAAAAUGACAGUCUGUAAGCUCAUUGAAGGUAUCAGAUAUCCUGCCUGCAGGUACCACAUUUCCCCCACAGAGGGGUUUAUUGUAGUCACUUGCGAUGACAUGGGGCCCGUUAACUUCCAGAAAUAUGUUGAAUAACUUGAGACCAGCACCUGAAUCUGAGAUCCUCUCUGCUCCUCUCCCAUGGGCACUGGUGCUGGUUCUUCCUGGAGCACAUCUGACUGUGGACAUGGGGGAAAGCCCAAGUGAAAUGGUAGCCACCAGUAAUUCAUUUAUC